GAGCAGAGUCUUGGAGCCUGCGCUUUGGGUCGCUUGUUCCGCUCGCCAUGGCUGCGUUAGGCGGUGGCGUCAGAGAGCACGAGGAACCGGUAUUGUUCCGCAGAGGUACCGGGCAGAGUGAUGAUUCCGAUAUAUGGGAUGAUACCGCCUUGAUAAAAGCAUAUGACAAAGCUGUGGCAUCAUUUAAGAAUGCUUUAAAGAAUGGCGAAAUUUCUGAAACUUCAGACAAACAAAAGAGUGCUGGACCAAAAAGAAAAAAUAUUAAGAACAGAAACAAGAAAAAAAGCAACCCAGCCCCAUUGAAACAGUGGAAAGUUGGUGAUGCUUGUUGUGCAGUUUGGUCUGAAGAUGGUAACAUAUAUCCAGCUACUAUUGCAUCAGCUGAUCUGAAGAGAGGGACAUGUGUUGUAGUUUAUACUGGCUAUGGAAAUAAAGAAGAACAGAAUUUGUCAGAUCUUCUUCUUCCAAACAGCGAAGGAGUUCGUGAUGAAGAACCUAUACAUGAAAAUGAAAAUGAAAGUCAAAGUCAGUAUUCAACAGAUGAAAGUGAAAAAUCAUCCAGAUCACCUGGAAGCAAACAGAAUCGUAUCAAAUCCAAAGCUGCUCAUUGGAAUUCUUAUUUCCCUCCUCCACCACCACUUCCUCUCCCAGUGCCAGGGUUAGGCAAGCCUGGACUGAAAUUCAGUGGCCCACCACCCUUCCUCACAGGCUGGCCCCCACCAUUUCCUUCAGGACCACCAUUGAUUCCCCCACCACCUCCCAUGUCUCCCGAUUCUCCUGAAGAUGCUGAUGCUUUGGGAAGUAUGUUAAUAGCCUGGUACAUGAGCGGCUAUCAUACUGGUUACUAUCUGGGCUUAAAACAACAUCAAAAGGAAGGAAGGCACCAGCACUUCAAUUAAGGAGUACACAUCUCUCCCAAGGAGAGAGGUAUUUUAUCCUGUCCUGGACGCGAUGAGCAAAGUUGGUUUUUUCCCCCUCUAAGAAGACUGGAGAGCGCAAUCCAUUGUAUAAUUGUUGAAUAUGUUCUAAUGUACACAGGUUUUUAAUUUGUUAAUCAGCAAAGUAUAUUUAGAAAAAAGGAUGUUUGAAUAGUUGAAUAAAACAGCGAGAAUGUGAAAGUCCUAAAUACUGAAAACUCUUAGUCAGCUUUAUUAUUGAUGUCAAUAAAGUUUUACUUUUCAAAUUCUGAA